AUGAGCUAUAUCAAAAAAUCAGUAAAAGGAAUUUUGAUUUCUAUAUUUUUCUAUCUGAUGUUCAUUUAUGAAAGCGAAGAAGAGCUUUUUUGGAAGAAGCCUAUCGAUGAGAGGCUCAGGCUUUAGCUUUAUCCUGUAGAACGUCACUACAUAUUGACAGAAGAUAAAUUCAACAUAACUCUCUUUAGGGUUGGUAAGAAAGGAUUAAGUUAAGUUAGUACCAGAGGUAAACCUGUUAUAUUCGUGCCUCAAUUUCUGAACUGCAUAGAUACAUAUGUGUCAAAUGAGGAUCAUCUAGCGCCAGCACUUGUAUUUGCUAAUCAGGGAUUUGAUGUAUGGUUGAUGAGCCAAAGAGGUGGAGAGUAUUCUCCAAAUGAAGAUAGAUAAGAUGGGUUUUCUUUUCAUGAAAUAGGAUAUUUUGACCUUCCUAAAUCAUAUGAAUAUAUUUAUUCACUUAAUCCUUAAAAUAUAACAGCAGUUGGGCAUUCAUAAGGAGGCAAUACAAUUUUUGUCUCAUUGACUGAGAAAAGAUUAAAAAAUGUACAUAAAAUAAUAAUGUUUGCUCCUGGCCCUUUUGCCAAGAAUGCUACAGGCUUGAUUCCAUAUUUUGUAAGCUCUCGUUUUGUGGAUAUUUUAGCUAAAUACACCGAUAGAAUAAACCUUACUCCCAGUAAGUAUCUAUUUAAGCUUUGCAAAUACUUCCAUCUUCCCUCUAAACUAUUUUUAACUACAGUAACUGACACAUGGGAAAGUGAUAUGAAUAUAGCAAAGCUAUAUUAAUACACAAAGCAUUCCCCAUAGCCCUAAUCAAUAAAAAAUCUUUUACAUUUAAAAUAAUUAUUGAUAAAAGGUUAAUUUUAUAAAUAUGAUUAUGGCUAAGAGUAAAAUUUGAAAAUCUAUGGUUAAGAAGAAGCUCCUCUUUAUGAUUUGCUUUCAAUCACAGAAAGUAUUCAUCUAUUUUAUGGUCCUCAUGAUAUAUUAACUAGGUAUCCAGAUAAUAUUGAGCUUUAUGAAAUUUUGAAAAAAAGCUAAGCAAAAAACGUUACUUUUAGUUAUUAUCCUACCGUAGGUCACGUUAGUUUUAUAUUAGAUUCAAAAGCUGAGUUUUUAUAAGAAAUGAUUAAGAUAAUUGAAGAAGAUUGA